UCUCCCAUGUCCCCUGUGGGGCUCCGUAAAGACAGAUCCUCAGCGAAUGCUGGAAGUAACUGGAAAUGACGGGAAUUUGACUUUUUAAGUGAAUGAGCCGAGUUUGGUACGAGAGAUAAGAUUUAAACCAGUUUAAGGGUGUGUCAAUAAUUCCACUUGAAGCUCGUCUGCUCUAAGAUGUUAUGAGAUGUAGUUUCAAAGGCUGGUUGGCCAUUAAAAUCAGGCUAUUAGUCUUUCAUUUGGGAUAAUUUAAGGGCGUCCCACAGGCAACAACGCCGCCACCCAAUCGGUGUGAGAAGCAGCUAUGAGGAAGACAAAUGUGCACCACCAACAUGUGGAUCCUGCAGGUGAAGAAGAAGAAGAAAACUCUUUCCAGAGUUCUGCUGUAACCCAUGGUUGUGACCAGCCAUGGGGUCGUGACUCACUGGAUGCAACCUGCCACCAACCAGCACAAACUGUGGUGUAUUUGUGCUGCAUCAGGGCGAAGCAGCUGACCGUCAAAGUCGUUCACAUGGUUGUAAGCAUCAGGAGGAUUUUACUGACAAAAUGUCAGCGUGUGACGCACUGGGAUGAGAACAUGCCAGUUCAGUGCGACCACACAGGGAGCUGACUUCCUUUUCACAAAUGGUUUCAUGACAAGAUUCACCGCACUCCCUGCAGGGAAUCUCUGCCAGCGCAGAAAAGAGGAAAAAGAUCUCUGCCAAUUUUUUUUCUUUCACUUCUGUACCGAUCUGAGAACAUGAAGCCAUCAGCUGGCUUUCUGCUGCUGGCAGUGCUGCUCUCAGCCGCAGUGAGGUUCGCUCAGGCCCGGAUUAUACACUCGUACUUCAAGCUUGGCGGCACGCUGGUCCUCAAACCUGCCUCGGUCUCUGCUCGCAUCACCAGCGUCGUGUGGAAGUGGGACGGAGGACUGUUGGCCGAAUGGGUGGAAGAUGUGAUUCCCCUGACAUAUUACGGCAGGUUUGGAGGCCGAUCAGAGGUGAACACGAACACGGGAGUGUUGGAGAUCAGGAACAUGACUGCAGCGGACACUGGGGUGUAUUCAGUGGAGAUCAACAGCCGUGUCCAGAGUCAGACUCAUCAGGCCGUGAGGAUCAGAGAAGUGCCCCAGCCUGAGGUCACGGUGAGGCCGCCGAUGUGUGGCUCGAGUUUGGAGAACUGCACACUGAGCUGUGACGGAGACGUUAAAGAGGCCGAACCUGUCGAGUAUUUCUGGAAGAUCGGAGAUGGAGAGUGGGAACAGUCGGGGAAAAUCAUGGAGAUCAUCAAUUCUGAGGAAACACAGUGUGUGAAGAUGUUUUCCUGCAGGAUGAAGAACCCAGUGAGUGAGCGACGCAGCGAAUCCAUCACUAACCCGUUUCACCAGGACGGAAAUCUGGACUACAGAUGGUGGAUCCUCACUCUUGUAGGCGCUGCCGUCCUGGCGGUGGUUGCGGUGUUUGUCUGCUUUUUGUUUCAGAAACUGUAAAAGAAAAACUGCUGACAGCGAUGAAAAUGCACUUUAAGUCCUGAUGAAGACUGAAGCCCGUCAAAGGGCAGCUCAUUCCUUUGCUUUGUAAAACUGUUCUGCACUUCAGACUGGUCGUCCAUGUUUGUAGUUCUUUUUUCUUUGGGAUUUCUUUGCUUCACUGUCUACUUCGGUGUAUUUAUAGCUUUAAAUGUAUUAUCUAUUUAUCAUUCUUAUUUUUAUUUGAUCUGUUUCUGUUUUCUUUGAUUUCCUUGUAAGGUUGAACUCAAAGUAACAUUAAAAUCUUGUCUUGUUCAGCAUCUCUGGCUGCACUGUCUUACAUUUGAAACUCUUUCCUGUUUUGUCACGGUCCCGGCCGUCUGGGUUUUCUUUCCUUCUCGCUGUCUGUUUUCUCUCAGGUCGAGCUGUGGGCCGGCUGUUCUUGCUGGGCGGAGCUUCAGUCUCAUCUCCUGUCAGUGAGCAGUAUUUAAAGUCAGCCUCUGUGGUGGUAAUUGGCUCUUUUAUGCCUUUACUGUGUGUUGGAGUCGUUCUUUGUUUGUGGCUGAAGGACCCAGCACCUGGUUGUUACCUGUCCACAGCCUGCACGCUCUCUGCUGCUUUCCUGCUCAGCAGCACCAGUCCGCAGGUCAAUGGAAGAAGAUCAGACAGUCAAGCGAGACGUCAAAACAAACCUCUUCACCAAGGUCAGUGUAAAGCACUCGCCACUAACUCCUGUUUCCUGCCUGGCAGAGCUCCUGUAGUUACCUGUGUUGGUCUUUCCUACAUAUCCUGUAACUAAAGCUCUCAGACCUGCUGUCAGUGUGCAGGUUUGAUCUUUCCAGUCCAAGCACUGGUUUAUUCAAACACUGCUGUGGGUUUUUGUAUGAGCCAGACAAAGAUGUUGAGCAUCUGCUGAAGCUUCAGAGUUUCAGUCUGGCUCCAUUUUUGUGACAGAGGUGGACGUUCUCUGCACAGAGCUGAGAUUUAAACAGUUUAACAUGUUAAUCGUACGUUGGAUGGUUUUCUGCUUGGACACAAACAAUACACCACAGGGCAUGUAAGGAGACGUAGUCGGGCUCUGACUGGACGCUGGAUGAAAAUGACCAUUUUGAACUGGGCGCUGAUUUCCUCGGGUUAAAUGCUUCAACUUACAAUAUGAAGCGCCUGGUUGUGAUUUGCAGCUAUAUAAAUAUAAUAUAACUGAAUAAAUGUCCACAGAACAGGUUGUACACUGACAUGCACAGUGACAUGAAUAAAAAAGCGUUACAUUUCGUUUCAAACGGGACUGCAGCAGAGACAUUAAUCAGCUCACAGCAAACUACGAGAAAUGGGGCCGCUGACUGUGAGUGCAGAACGAAACCAGCUGCACGAUCUGACAUCAGGGUGAGGUUUUAAAGUCUGACCUGCAGAGCUGAUUGCUGCAGAUGCACUGAGCUACUGUUAGCUGAAUAUUUCCCAUAAGCAGGAU